GUUUAGUGAUUGAUUUAUUACUUUCCAAUGCUUAAGGUCCGUUUGUCUAUUUAUAAUUUUCCGUUCGUCUUUUUUUAAACACAAUAAGUAGUAGCCGGCAUGGGCGGCCGAGAGUAACAUCAACUAUGUGUGAAUGAUCCGUUGAAUGAAUGAACCGAUGCCUUUGUCCUUUACAAUAGUUUCUUGUUUGUUUGACCUGUUAGCUGGUUGGAGUUCCUCUAUUCAGACAUCACAGGAUCAUUCUAUUGUCUUCCACCAGCCGAGUCCUCCCCUUUCUCUUCUUUCCCCGCCUCCAAUGUACAAUAGGAGGUGAUCAUAGGAAACCUGCCUGCUGAUUGUGUUCUGGGAAGAAAACUAACAGACCUCUCACAGAAAACUGAUCUGGUGAGAGGUACUUGAUGUCAUCCUGUUCCCAACUCGUUUGAAGCUGUAGUUCCUUGGUAACUUAUAUAUUCUGUUUCCUCUGUAUAAGAUGAACUAGCUAGACAAUAUUUUGAUUAUAUGAUCAUUGAUCAAUCCCUUAUGUUUGUUUCAGGAUCAGCUUCAGGCCCUCGAUGCUCAGUUACUGAUCGAACAGCGAUUUAUUUCCUUAAUGAAGAAAUCAUAGAACUCUUAGGAAGGUAACUUUCUCCAGCAUUUCCUUGAUACUUUUACAUAAUUUCUUGGUUGAUGGGACUGGCUUGUAACAUUUUCCAUAUUGCUUUGUUUCCUUUUGCUGCUUGAUUGCCCCUUUUCAAUCUGUUCUCGUAGUGUCCUCACACAUUCUAGUGGGAAGGAGGGGGGGAAAAGAAUGGCAUCGUCUUUGGCCGAGUUGCUUCAAGAGGAUGGCUUCAAAGGAAGAAGAUCAGGGAUGAAGGCAAGAGCCUCUUUCAAAGCAGAAGCUGCUGCAAGUAGCAGGAUGCAUGGAGAGCGACAGAGCAUGGAUUCUGUACCUUCUAGGUCUAGAAUAAGAACAGAAAGGGCAAGCUCUGAUGUAAAUCGUUACAAUUCAAGAGGCGGCCAAUCUUCAGGAAGUAGUGAUGCUGGUACAAGCACUAGAAAGCCCCACGGUGGGGAUUAUGUUGCUAGUAGAUUCAAAAAUGAUGAAGAAGAAGGUAACUGGGACAGAAUCCACAGACGUUCUAGCAAGCCAACGUAUCAAGAAAUAGUUGAGGUUGGUAAGGAAGAAGAUGAUGAUGGCAGAAUUAAGAACAUAUAUUCCGAUAUGGUAAAAUAUGCAGCCCGUAGUAGUAGCCAUGGUAGUGGGAAUAGCUCAUAUAAUCAUGGUAUAAGAGCUCGAAAGGAUAGCGAAGCUGAUAGGAGGAGGAGGCCUGAUGAGAAUGCCGCUCUUGAAGUUGCUGGUUUUGCACUCGAUGAAGUUGCGAUCCAAGCCAUGGUCUCUAUCUUGAAUGGAUACAUUAGACGUUUCUUCAAAGAUGUCGAGUUCCGGAACAUGGUACGUUACAAUUGUUUCUCCUCGUUCAAUUUCAACGAGAUCGAAGAGAUUGACAGCAUCGAGAGGAAAGUCAUUUCCAGUUUCGAGGAAUCCGUUUAUACAGUGGAGAAAGCAGCAGCUAAGGAGGAGGAGGAGGAGGAUUUCACGAGUGCGAAGGAUCUGAAGAAGUCCGCGUUGCAGCUCAGUGUCAUCACAGGCUUGAACUCAAACGAGCUAAAAGAUGGUUACACAUUCGGAGUUCCCAACUCGAGAUUGUCUGCCUGUGCACAUUUCUACCUCAGUGCUGUGUACAAGCUGCAGAAGAAGGACAGAGUUUCAGCCAAACAUCUUCUCCAAGUGUUCUGCGAUUCGCCAUUUUGGGCACGAACAGUUUUGUUGCAUGACCUGUGGGACUAUCUAUUGUUUCCCCAUCUUUCGCAUUUGAAGUUGUGGUAUAAUCAUGAGGCAGAGUCUCUACCGAGCACACCAAGCAAGAUACGAAAAGUUAAACUCCUUGACAAAGUUUACAAUGAAACUAUGGAUUCUGGUACUUACCAGUUUUCUGUCUACUACAAGGACUGGCUCACUGAGGGCAUUGAAGCUCCUUCUGUUCCUUCUGUUCGUAUACCUUCAUUUUCAAGUCAGAGUCUGUCAUCACAAGGGGGUUCCAAUGAUCAUUCUCCGAGAAUCUCCGAAAGUGGGGAUCAUGGAGGAAGCUCUGUAAAUGGUGCUAGGAGCUCUAAUGAUUCUGGUGUUCAUGUUAAAGAAACACUAACAACGACAUUCUCGUCUGAGAUGGGAAAGGAUGGUGAAUCCCUUCGUGAUCAUGGGCCAUUGUCAGCAUCUGAGGAAGAAUGGAAAUUGGCUGGGGCCAGAGAAGAACAGGAAAUCGAUUCCAACGGUGGAAUGUAUAGUUCUCAAAAGUGGCAAGAUGCUACUACCCGUGGCACUGCUCAUGUAUUAACUGCAUCUCCAGAGUCUAAACCAACAAAUGAGCUAAGACUCAAAAGUCUAGCACAAUCUGUUUUCGGACUGCAACGUUUUGACGAGGCUAGUGAUCUCACUGUGUUGAAUCCAAGGGCUGGUUAUGAAUUAGAUUAUGAAUAUUAUGAGGAAGGAUCAUUCUACGCAAGCAUCCCUCAGGACUUUAUCUGUCCCUUAACUGGAGAGUUACUUGAAGACCCAGUGACUCUGGAAACUGGUCAGACAUUCGAGAGAGAAGCGAUUGCAGAAUGGUUUGAUCAGCAGGGAAACCGAACCUGUCCAGUGACUGGAAAAUGUUUAGAAUGUGUGAACCUGCCACUUACUAACUUGAUUCUGAAGCGCAUCAUUCAUAACUGGAAGCUGGAACAUUGUAGUCAGUUGUUGGCUUUAGCCUCCGAGAUCAUUAGAACCUCAAGAGAAAGCGAGACGAGGCAAAGAGACGAGACAGCUAUAUUCAUAUUGGAGAAGCUCAUGACAACUUUCAAUGUAGAGGAGAGAGUGAAAAAUGCCAUACACCUCGUCUCUCUUGGAGGCUUGGAGUUUCUUAUCAGAAGGUUUGCACUUGGAAAUGUGGAAGAGAAAUCGCGUGUUGCAUUACUUCUGUCGUGUUGCAUUGAAGCUGAUUCCGAUAGCAGAACCCUCAUCGCUGGAAACAUCGAUAAGCAGUGCCUCGUUGAAUUACUUCACAGCAAGCAGCCUGACUCCAGACGAAACGCAGUUUCCCUUUUGACCGAAUUGGUUUGUCUGAGCAGGAGGAGAGAUGUUACGUGGUUCCUGCGAGACUUGGAGAGCGAAAAGAUAAUGAGUGUAAUGCAUGUGCUGCUGCUUCAUCUUCAGAGUUCCUCAGUUGAGCAAAAGCCCUCCAUUGCCGCACUGCUAUUGCACUUGGAUCUUCUGGUUGAACCUCAAAAGUACAGCAUAUACAGGGAGGAAGCAGUUGAUGCCAUAGCAGUGGCCCUCGAAUGCAGCCUAAUCGAUGACAAAGUCCAGGAAAGUACUUGCAAAGCACUUGUCAUGUUAGCUGGUCGGUUUUCUGUCACAGUCGGGCAGUCGUCGUUGAUAGAAAAUUGGGGUUUGAAGCAAGCUGGCUAUAAUGUGAGUACUACAUCUCCAAAGGAGAACUCUGGAGGACAAAUAUGUUUCGAUAAUUCUUUCUGUCAGGAAGAAGAGGAGGAGGAGGAGGCCGGGGAAGAGUGGUUAAGGAACUUGGCAGCAUUGUUGCUCAGCAACGGGAAGAAGUCAUUCUUGGAGUCCAUUUCACAAUGCUUGAAGUCACAUAGUAAAUCGGAUUUGGUGAGAGUAUGCCUAACCACCGUAGUGUGGUUGAGCUGUGCACUUUCUUCUGAAUCGGAUGCCGAAUUUCAGCUCUCUGCGUUCUCUGCCCUUAUCUCUGGUCUAAAGGACCACUUGGAGAAUGGGGAGCAGAUAGAGCACAAGGUCCUGGCUUGCACUUCUCUGCUGAAUUUCAGUAGAAUUCCAGAGUGCAGGGUGAUGUUAAGUAGGAUUGCAGAAGACAUUGGCGGUUCACUUCGAAGCAUGUUGGGGGUAACAUGGGCAGCAAAACAGCUCUAUUCUACCAUCUCUGGAGAAUUUGCAUAGCGUAUCUUGUGAGAGCAAAAUCAAACACUUGAAAUCAAUGGAUCUUGUUUAACAGUCACUAGCUAGAUAGACGAAAGUAAUUGUUAAAAUGGCUGAUGAGACUAGCAUGAAGUAUAAAUCAUCCAUCAAACGUGAAAUAUACUACUGACGGUGAUGUAGAGACCUCUGUGGUAGUGCAAAUCUGGUUUGCUUUGCCUUGGACAUAAUUUUUUUGGAUAGUUCAUGCACAUUUGUAUAUGGUACCAUGACAUCUUUCGCCAUUCCCUAAGAUCUCUCUCCAUAUAUUCAUAUUUUUAUACACGCAGAUCCAUUUGGAAAGUAUAGUCUUGCCUAACUUCUUCACUCGACAUAAUCUACUACCAAAUCCUGCAUCCAUGCGUUGCCGCCUCUACAUUGAAAAUAAUACUUUUAACAAAUACAUAUUAAUACCAUGUUUUUUAUGGUUAAUAAGUGGUAAGGGAUGUUCACUUCUUUUUUUUUUAAGAUUUGUACAAUAAACUAAACAAAAAAUAAAAGCUCACACAAUAUAAUAUUCAAUUGUCUGAAUCGAUAAUUGAAAACGUAAGAUCGGUUGAAGAAAGUGUGUGUUCAACCACAUAUAACACCAUGUUGAAGCUACUGUGUCCAACUCUAAUCAAAAUACUACAUUUCUAAGCUAUGAGCCUAUGCGAGUAAAUUGGAUUUGAAAGCCAAUCAGGGCGCAUAUACGAAAAUAUGAAUCUAUGGAAAAAAAAUGUUAUUUGAAUAGUUGGAAAACUCACAGAUUGUUAAUCGAUUAAAAAUGUAAAAUGGAUCGUCAAAUUACAUGAUUGAAAUAGCAUGAUCAGCCGAUCUCUAGUUGAAUAUCCCGAAAACUCACAAAGAAUGUGCAUCUAUAAGAACUAAAAAAUGAGAAACGUAUCAGUGAUAUAUACAUGAGCCGAAUAUGCAUGAUUGGUCGGUUCUUAGUUGAGUAGUAAAAAAUAUAUAAAAAUAUGGAUAACGCAUCACCAAUAUACACGUGAUCGGUCGGCUUUUAGAUUGAACAAUCGAAAAACUCAAAUGAGAACAAAACUAUCGAUUUCAAGAUAACAAAACCAAAAAUUGAUUAAAAAAAUAGAAAUAAAAAAGAGGAGUUCUCAAAAGUUCUCAUAUGUGAUUAAAAGAAAUGGGAAAAAAAGAAAUGAGGUAAAUACGUGUUCACUUGUAAAUGAUAGAAAAAUAAAAAUUAUACAAAAAUAUGUGAUCUUAGGAGUCAGGCUGUAGUACUUCUGGAUUAUAGUAUACUACAGGUACUGCUAGUGAGAUAUCACUAUCUAGACAUUCAACAAAAAAAAAUCAUUAUCUAGACCAUGAAUUGAACUGAGUUUGAAGCAUGAUAUUAUACCUAACUUUUAAUGGAUAAGCCCCAGGCCCCGAUUCUGUAAACCCAAAAUCGAAGUUCAGUUUAAUAGAAAGUAAUAAUUGAC